AUGGACUUUGACGACGAACUCAUCACAAAACUCCACGCGCCGAAACAACGCACACCCACACCCACACCACCACUACCCACCGCCCUUCCACCCACAACCUCAAUAUCUGACCCCACGGCCACACCCUCCUUCCCCCGUCCCGCUGCCACACCAAAAGACGGCGAAAGCUACUACAUCAAACCCAUCCCCUCCGGUCUCCAAAAGGAUGUGGCCAAUGAGUUGCAGAAGUGGAAGCAGAUGAAGAAGAUCGAAGGAGCAGAGCAGGGAGGAAUUGAGCAAGGAGAGCAGGAAGAGGAAAUGGCGGAUGUCGAAGAAGAUGAGGUGCAGGUGCAAUUGCCUGCUCAGACGAACCAUCAGCAUCUGCAGCAACAGAUGCAACAGCCACAACCACCACAGCUGCAACAGCCACAGCAGCAACCCCAGCAUCUAUUCGCUCCAGGAGUUCCUGCAUACUGGUCGGCAACAGCUGGACACAACUUCUAA